AUGAGCUCUCAAUCUCUCCGCUCGAUAUAUCGAGCGAGGCCAGAACUGGCACAAGCCGGAAAUGCCCUAAGAGGCUACUUCCGCCAAUUCUCCACGACGCAAUCGCAGCUCGACGAGGCACCUGCCGAUCCCAAUGCCAAACCUACAGCGCGACAACGCACCCGCGCGGCGGCUAGCGAGAUCAAUUCCUUGCCAAGAGUGAUCGAUGUGCGGAGUCUUCCUAAGGGAGGCAUGCUUCGAAGGCCGGGCGGACUGCGAGGACGAGGUACAGGUGCGGGCACGGGCACAGGCGGGCCAAAUGCUGCUGGCGCUCCUCGAACUGCGUCUCCGACCGGGAACCGAUUCUCGGCCGCUAACAGAGGGAGGGGAGGCUCUGCGCUUGGAGCAGGACGAGGAGGACGAACAGCCGGACGGCCAGGAGGCAGACCCGGCGCGGGCAAGGGCAGGGCGGCGAAGAAGGCCGAAGGCGAGGGCGGCAACAAAGCAGCCGGUGCCGCUGGCCCUCGUGGCAAGAGGCAGGAUCCCUUUGAGAGAAUGGACCCCCAGGAGCAGCAGUUUGACGACGCCGUGCGGUUCGGCACGCGCACCGAGUUCAAGCCCUCUCUGACCAAGGAGGCCCUGACGACGUUUGUGCCGGCCACGCCCGCCACGCCCGAGGGCCGCCUGGCCACCGUCAUGGAGAACCUCAGCAUCCUCGGCGGCAGGGCGGAUCCCGUGGGCGUGCCGCAGGGCCUGCAGGCCAAGAACUACGCCGAAGAGGUGCAGGGCAACGGCGCGCGCUUCUUCGCUAAUGUUAAGGCUCGGGAGGCGGCGGAGGAGUAUCUCCAGGAGCAGCGAAGGGAGAAGCUGCUGGCUGAGGGCAAGGAGGUACCUGCUGAGCAGCAGCCCAUUAUCAAGGACGCCGAGGAGGCUGUUAAGAAGGCUAUCCUUGACCAGGCUGUGGCGGGGAAGCACGAGACGCCGCGGUUUGCGACUGACCCUGUGGGUAUUUCGAGGGCGUGGCACUUGAGGUCUGGGACGUACACCCAGAGAGACGUGGAGAAGUUUGAGAAGAAGCUGACGACGUUGUUGGGCGUGGGGGCGGGUGGUAAGGGAGGCAAGAAUGUGAAGGCUCAGGCGAAGGCUUGA